GCCGGUGGAGGGCGCAUCGGAGCCUCGGCGAGGAUGGGAGUCCCUGGAACCCCGAGCUGAGCCGCCCAGCGCGCGGCGGGGAGGGCGCACCGGAGGAAGGCGAGCCCCGCUGUUCCUCCGGGAGCCCCGCACCGUGCCCGCGCCGCCGCGAUGAUCCCCCCGAGCGGCGCCCGCCAGGACGGCGUGGACAGGCUGCCCGAGGAGGCAGCGAGCGCCGAGCAGCCGCCCUCUCCGGCAUCCACCGGCAGCCAGGAAUCCAAGCUCCAGAAACUAAAACGAUCACUUUCUUUCAAGACCAAGAGUCUACGGAGCAAAAGUGCUGACAACUUCUUCCAGCGAACCAACAGCGACGUGAAGCUGCAAGGGGACAUGCUGGCUGAGGUCAGCCCCAGCUCCAGCCCUCUUCCCGCCCCAGGAAGCCUGACAUCCACGCCCACCAGGGCUGGCCUGCACCCAGGCAGCAGCAAGGCCCAUGCCUUUCAGGAGCACAUCUUCAAGAAGCCCACUUUCUGUGACGUCUGCAACCACAUGAUCGUGGGAACAAAUGCUAAGCAUGGACUACGCUGCAAAGCCUGUAAGAUGAGCAUCCACCACAAGUGCAUGGAUGGCCUAGCACCCCAGCGGUGCAUGGGCAAGCUGCCAAAAGGGUUUCGGCGUUACUACAGCUCCCCCUUGCUCAUUCAUGAACAAUUUGGAUGCAUUAAAGAAGUUAUGCCCAUUGCCUGUGGCAAUAAGGUGGACCCUGUCUACGAGGCCCUCCGCUUCGGCACCUCCCUGGCUCAGAGGACAAAGAAGAGCAGCUCCGGCAGUGGCUCGGACUCCCCGCACAGAACCUCUACUUCGGACCUGGUGGAGGUUCCUGAAGAAGCCGACGGGCCAGGAGAUGGGUACGACCUACGGAAACGCAGCAACAGCGUGUUUACGUAUCCAGAAAAUGGCACUGACGACCUCAGAGACCAAGCGAAGAACUUAAACCACCAGGGACCUCUUUCCAAAGACCCAUUACAGAUGAACACCUAUGUUGCCUUGUACAAAUUUGUACCACAGGAGAAUGAAGAUUUGGAAAUGAGACCAGGAGACAUGAUCACUCUUCUAGAAGACUCCAAUGAAGACUGGUGGAAAGGGAAAAUUCAAGACAGGAUUGGCUUCUUUCCAGCCAACUUUGUUCAGAGAGUACAACAGAAUGAGAAGAUUUUCAGAUGUGUUAGGACCUUCAUUGGGUGUAAGGAACAGGGGCAGAUCACACUGAAAGAGAAUCAGAUCUGCCUGACUUCUGAAGAAGAACAGGACGGCUUCAUCAGAGUCCUCAGUGGAAAGAAGAGAGGCCUUGUCCCCCUGGAUGUCCUAGAAAAUGUCUGAUUGCGGGCCCCUCCUCCUUUUGCGGUAGGCAAGCCCUGCUGCGAUGCCUCAUCUCACACUGUGUCAACCCAGAGGAGCUGUCGCAAUGGCCCGGCCACCCAGGAAACAGGGAGACCAGACUCAAGGAUCUGAGACUGUGGAGUAUCAGCCACAAGACAGAGUGUCCAUUGCGCAGCAUAUCCUGGCUGCCCAAGGUGGGGAUGAGGCCGAGAGAGCCACUGGCAAAGCUGAGGUCCCUACCUGGUGGCAGUAGCAGGACAGCAACCACAGCUGUUCCCCAGGACCCAACUCCCUCCCUGCCCAUGUGGUGUAAGUUAACCCACUGAAGUGUACUCCAGUUUGCAGUGUGGCCCCAGUGUGAGGUUCAGGUCCAUGUAGUCAAGUGUGAUUUGGAUUCCAGACCUUUGUCCUCAAUACCAACCAAUGAGCACCAUCACAUUUGAGACCCCAAGCAGUCCCUCUGCAGAGCACCAGGAAGUCCCACUUCCUAGCUCCCAACAUUCCAGGGUUCCCCAGGACCCCUCACUUUGUGGUUGUGCUGUCUCUUCUGGGUCCUAGAGGUGUGCAUUACAUGUGAGAGCCAAGUUGAUGUGUCACCAACUACAAAGACCUGACCUGCUCAAAGAUGGCUGACAGGCAGUCUCCCCUGCUGCUCUAGGGACCGACAGGUGACAGCAGGACAGGAGGCCUGAACUCAAAGGGCAAAGUAGGGAUAGAGUAGGGAAAGGGGCCCUUAUUUAUUGAAGAUUAUACAGCCCUUUCCAUAAUGAAGUCCUUUCCCCAAGGAGAUGGAGCUGGGGAAGAGAAUGUGGCAGAAAGCUUUCUCCAUGCAGAGCUUCACUUUCAUUGUAUGUCUUCUGUGUUAGGGGAACAUUUCCCAUCAUGCCAUUUUGUGGGACUCCCGCUUGGAGGGCUGAGUCCACCUUGCAAAGGACCAGAAACAUGGAAGGGAUCCAAUAGCAUCUUAGGAGAAAAUUAGACAAGUUGGAAUCCAUUCUUCUUUAGGGCAGUAUAUUCUACCCUAGCAGAGGGCAAAUGGAAAAGAAUCCUGAGUCCUUCAGCCUCUGAACGCAGAGGAAGGUGGGGCCUAUUUAGCAUCAACUAGGGGAGUCUCUGUUACUCUGUACUUGUACUAAUGUUUACAAGAAUGCAAUAUACUGUGAUGCCUUCCUCCUCAUUCCAACGUGCAUCCCAUUCCUCUUUAAUAUGGUUAAGCUUCACAAUGACCUUGGAAUCAAUGUCAGUUUGAUGUAUUUUGGUGCAGAGCAAUAAAGCAUUAGAACAAUUGGUUUUAAAAAGA